AAGGUCCCUACAAGAUCCUUUCCCCUGUCUGCCCACUGGUGCAACCCGGCUGCGUAUAUUUUUUUGACCGUCUUUUGAGAUUGUGUUGGUUGUUUCUUUUGGAAUAUGAUACAUUUUUGACACAGAUUGACGUAGGCGCAGUUUCAAUUCGUUGAUACAGGAUUACUUAAGUAAAUUUUUAAGCGCCAAACCUAAGCAAGGCAAGGUUUGUGUCAUUUUUGUUGUUGUUGCCCUUAUAAUUGUAUAAUUAUCAUGGUUUCCUGUUCUAUUUGAUUCUUUUCUGUUCGAAGUAAGCUAACAAAAUGCAGUAUCCUGUCCAAUCUCCGCGCGAUGACGCAACGACGUCCGCACCCAUUCCCGAGACAGGACGUAGUGCGACCUACCAUGGCCCUGGCAUUCCCUCACGAGACUUCUAUUCGGCACCGCCUCUUCUCUUAUGGGCGGUCGUAGUUGACGAGCUCUUCUAAUGAUCUAUUGUUCCUUCUCAUAGGCGGUAGUUUUUUAUUUGGGCAAAACUAGCUUGACUUCGUGACUAAAUACUAUAGUACGGUGGUUGUAAGUAAUUAAACACAUGAAUAGACUCCGCACUAAUUUCAGAAAACAGCAACGACGGGCCAAUAUCAAGGACGUACUCUGCACUCGACGAGCCGCAUGAACAGCGCACGUACCAUGAAGCGGGAGGCAAUGGGAAUGGAAAUCAGGAGUAUGGCCACCUAGGAUAUGUUCGUAGAAAUCAGUAUGGCCGCCUAGGCAAAUUAUCAGUAUGGCCUUGAGAGUCAGAUCUAGUGUGAAAGGAUCUUGUUGCUAUAAGAUCCUCAAUAGGUAGAGUCAAUUUGGAUCCCGAAACUAACCGAGCCCAUUUUUUUGGUAGGAUUGUUACCAUAAUUACUUGUAUGAAGAUGAAGAUGUAACAUGGAUCACACAGAAAUACACAACGUCCACCAAUAUUUUUCUCUAAAACUCGCUAUUUCUACCAACUACCUCGACGUGCAAUGUGGUAUCACCUGGUGGCGAAGCGAUGUCAAGAGGAAAUACGCAGGACCCCACGCAGAACUCAUGCUCUCCCAUUAAGGGGAUCGACUUGGAUUUGGAUUUAAUUCAAAGGAGUCACUCACUCAGAGACUUUCACAGAUCUUUGUAGUUUUUUUUGUCUAUUCCGUCCACCUAUAGCUCAGUAGGUUGUAUCACAGACUGUGAGAAAGGAGGGUGAUGUGAGAGCUUAUAAUGACUCAGUUUCGUUUGUUUUCUACAUUGUUGAACGAGAUUUCCUUUGGAACAAUAGGGUUAGCAGUUUCUCUUCAUCGUUUCCAAAGGAGUAUUUCUAUUUUCUUUCCAAACUUUGCUCUAAGUUACGCUCCCCCGUCACCUAUUCCCCACCUCGGCGCAUGGUGAAUUCCCGACUAUACUCCAUGUUCGACCGCGAAUUACCGAAGUACUCUUCUUAAGGCAGCAGGUCGGAUCUCAAAAAAAAUAUCGGCUCAACCGGAUUUUCUCUUCGGGGCACCAUAAUGUUAACAUCUUCAGAAUCUAAUGAUCCUCCGCUACAUCUCUUAGAGAGCGGCGCUAUACAGUCAUCGUCUACCACACAUCCAUGGAACGGCUGGCGAAACGAGUGCAAUCUCUAUAUCCAGGGAAAAUUUACCUCAUUGGUAUUCUUGCUGUUGCUACUAGUAUGCAAAUGCUUGAGGACGAGUAAGAGUACAUCAAGCGAAAAACAACUAUUCGUGUUUCUACAUACUCAUACACAUCACACACAGACACAGGCUUCUUGUUCUUUUACACAAUAAAUCCAUACAUCCAGCAGAUCCUACCUACACAUCCAAAAUCCAAAGGUCCCAAGUUCGAGCGUUUUAAGGAUGGCUGGCCCAAUGUUGCGUUCACGCCUGAACAAGUAUUCCGCAUGCAAGAUGAGCGAGCUUCCGUAACCUACCUCGCAAGUUUUCACAACCCGGAGAUCGUCUUCGAACAACUAGCUGUGAUUUUAUGGCACUACAAUCAACUGGUUAAUAAUCUUUCGGUAUGUAGAGGCCACUGGCACUGACCACAUGUGUCAUAGUGCUGCACCUUGAUAAAUGGCAAUAUUACCUUUCGACUAAGAGCAUCAUCAAGACAUGUAAGCUUCAAACUCGUCCGUCAUUGGUGUCCAUCAUGGUAGAUCUCCACUGUCCAGUUUCUAAUUAUCUACGCACUUCCGAAAAUGCUAGUCCGCAACUACCGGAUCGUGGUGCCUUGGUUCGCGACAGGUAACAUCUUUUGAGAUAUACUGGAAAGAUGAUCAACAUGACGUGUGUAAGGACUCCGAUAUACACUUCAUUUAUAUGAGGAUUCAGGAUAGCAUCGCAUAGUCUAGGGGCUGGUAUGCUCGCCAGUGAUUAUAAGUAGACUCAAUGGAAUGGAUCGGCAUGAUCUUUCACUCCGAUGAAUGUUGUACACCCUACUAGAAUAUUUCAGGCACCAUGGAACGUAUCGAAACGAGUGGCCAGAUAGCGACAGCCAUGACGAUGGCACGCGUGCUUGAUUGUACACCUCGAUGUCGAACCGGACCAUCGAUCAUUACCAUCUACGAUAUCCAUGCUUUACAGGAGCAGUUCUAUUUCUCGGACGACGUCUUGGUGGAGUUGAAAUCCGGCGUUUUCUUGGUCAAGCACGAACUUGCGAGAAUGGAUAGGAUUGCUAGCCAAGUGAACCUGCAGAACAAUAUGGUGGCAGUGCCCAGUGUCGAGUCUAUCGUAAGCUCCGUCUCUGCUGGCAUGGUGGAAACCAAAAAUUUACGGAAAGCAUAUCUUGCAACGUGUGUUAACACUAAGUAAUGAAGACCCCUCUUCUUGAAAACCUUCUAAUUUGUGCUACGCAAAAUGGCGGUCUUGGUGGAGAUCCGGAAAAUCAAGGAGAUGCAAGUACCUCUAUGAAUAUACAUUUAGACAGGAGAAUAUGACUACAUUCAGAGUCGAGUAGAUGUAGACUAUCUAUGACUUCGUGAAUCAAGGUGUUUUGACUACAACUUCCAUCUUCAUGGGUUAAACAAGUAGUUUAAUCUUAAGGUGUACUAGUGAUUUGGAUUUGCUUUUCAUCAAACAAAAAUAGAGUUCCACCUUCCACAAAACAUAGCCGAGAUUUAUCCCAACAAACAACAAAAAUAGAGUUCAAGACGGCCUUCUUCUAAUCCUCCACCUUCAAACGGAUAUCAGAGAAGUUUAUAGCACGCAUGGAGCUGCAUGGAGCUAAAGGGGGCGCUUCUUGCGUCCCUUAGAGAUCUGCGCUCCAUGCACUCCAUGCUACUCCAUUGCGCCAUGCGUGCUAUAGACACCUCUGGCAUCCGUUCGAAGGUGCAGGCUUAGAAGAAGGCCGUGGGAUAAACAAGACGGCCUUCUUCUAAUCCUCCACCUUCAAACGGAUACGCUCUGAGUGGGCCUAAUAAUCAACAAGCCAAUCAACAAGGCAAUAACUUUUCUCUCGUGGUCGAGCCGGAGAACAACGAGCCUCCCGUUCCAUUCCGCAGCAAAAUCAUGAUCGGUUUUCCCGACGACGGAGCGAAAAAGCGAUUCGGGAGCAAAUUUCCUGAAUGGGAACACGUUGUCAUCGCAAAACAGAGAAUAUAUGGAGAACAAUAUUUUUUUCAGACGAGUGAAGAAGAAUAGAAACGAAUCAGGGCACGUUGUACUUGUAUUGUAUUAGAAAGGAUCUUGGUUGCUUUCUUCAUGAAGGAGGAGAAAAACGAAUAUGCCGAAUACAGGACGGGACCGAUGUGAGUGGCAAGCAUGUCAUUUUGGUAGACGACUUGGUACAAACCGGAGGAACCUUGAUUGAGUCUAUUAAGGGCGGUAGGUCUUCAACAUGACACCCUGUUAGUUACUAUCUUUAUUUUUUCUCGCCAGUGGAUGGUGGAGGAUGACCCCCAGAGAUGCAUAGGCAUGAUGCUCGGUGUUUCCGUGACCGUUUGUUGUGGCUUUCCACCUAGGGGAGAAAAGCACAACGAACGGGGAACAGCAAACCCUAAACCCUAAGGAGUAGGUGCUACGACCUUUAAUUCCAUGCGGGCUCUCGCUGAUGCUGGAGCGGAGAAAGUCAGCUGUUACGUAACCCACGCUGUUUUUCCUGACGACAGUUGGCGAAAGUUUCUGGACAUACCGCAUUUAUGUUAGCAUUUAUACAGAAGUUGCGUGAGGAACAGCUACCAGAGGAAUGAAAGCAUUCCCUCUGUCUUGUAUUUUAGGAUGAGGCACGACGACUAGAUGAAUCAAUACAAGAAUGAAUAAGAAAGGGAACGGCGGAAAGCGCCCUGUCAGCACUGAGGUCCUUCGCGUUCCUUCGUAGGUAAGCGCCAUCUCUUCGUGGGGAUGCUGAUCAUAAUAUACGGAAUGAAUUAUACCUCUAACGCACUUGGACACAUUCUAUGUCUGCGAUACCAUCCCAACAACCGCGGCUACCUUGGAGAAGGUCGGGAAGCCUUUCAAAGUCCUCAGUAUUGCGCCACUGUUGGGCUAUUUGCUAGUGGGCAGGGAGCCGCACUCAGUCAUGCGUGAUAUAGAUAAACUUGAUACCUAAUGACGUCGCAGGAUUUUGUGUAAUUAUAGUACUAUUUUUUCUGAUACAAGAAUCUUGCGCUCGCCCUCUAAUCAGGCCGUGAGGACAUAUUCUGACAUCCUUAUCUUUAUGAGGCUGUGGGCACAUAUUGUGACAAGUGUAAUACUUUUGAAAAUAUGUUUCCCAUUUUUUAUCGGCUUGUUAGGAGCAGCAUAUUCUUACUGGCUGUUUUAUAACAUUGUUCGCAUAAAUCACGUAGUAAGUCGUUGACCGCCAGUCACCCUCUACUAUCACGCACUUCCCUAGUUGUUCUAAUAUUUUUAUCAUCAUCAUCAAUCAAUCUCGUGCCAGGCACAUCAAUCAAUCAAUUAAUCAAUAGUAGCGUAAGGUAGAAAAUACUUAGUACUGCUUAAACCGAGAAGGGCGGAGAGGUAUUGCUGAGACGAGCAACGUAAACAACGACAACGACAGCAGUAGCCUCCUCCUAACCAACGCAAGAAGAAGCGCCGCCACUACUACCACUAGCACUACCGUAGAAACCGUGGAGCGUCCUCACAGCUUCAACAUCAGGGAAAUCCGUAGAACUCAAAGAAGACUCAGGGAAGUUGUAGGUCCAAUCCGGACCGACUAACAUCGUUAUUACUGUAUGACGUUCUAGUAUCUUCAAUAGUAAGGUAGAACCAGUGCCGUAAAUGAUGUGCACCUGUACCAAAAUUUGUUUGCUUCUACAUCACUAUCUACAGCACGAAAUUGUAAGUACUUGCUUCGCAUCCAUCAAUUCGUACUUACUGUACUAAAACUAAACCUUGGCUCGCAAGUACUGUACCUCGGGGUGUUGAUCUGCUGGAGCGGAACAGUCACCUCUGCUGGUGACCGCGACGUCGAGGCAUCCUGUCCUAUCCCAAAAAGUAUUAAAAAACUUUCGCCAAUAUGUUGAAUAUUUUUUCUCUUCUCGAUUAAUCAUUUCAUGUCAAAGUGUGUGGAUGGUGAUUCGCUGCCCUGGCCAGGGAGGGGUAGAUAUGAAACACUUGGCUAUGACUCACUGAUGAUCGUACACGACUUUCACAACUGAUGAUGAUCGUUUCCUCUUUUCUUUUCCGACACAUAGAGACGUCGUGAAGGUUGUGGACAAGGUUGACAAGCCUCAACCCGCGGAUUCUGUGAGGCUGUGUGGGCAAUGUCUUGACAACCCGGAUUGAUAUUAGUUUGUUCGCUUGAACCACGAAAUGAAGCGCAGCAUUCUGAGUGAUCAGAAGGCGUGCUAUCAACAUGUGUCACAAGCACGAAGCACCUGGGCGGUUCUUCCGGAAGACUUUCCUUGUUCUCCUCAUCAGCAUCCGCGAGACAAGAGAUUGCGAAGAAAUUUCCGCAAAAGGUUUCCGGUAUCACUGACGAGGACUUGCGGUACUGGGCCGAAAGUAUAAUCUUCUACAAGAACUGGCCCUUUGGCCGGAGAAAUUAAAAUUGAAGAGAUCGCCUAUCAUCUACAAGUGGUAUACGUAGGCGAGGAGGCGGACACUAGGAAAGGAGUUGGACGCAUAGCUUACAAUAAGCCGUAGCUUAGAAGACAUAGCUUAUAUGAAUUUUUGGACAAUUUUUUCCCAGUCAGUAUCAUGUGUUGUCAAGGCAUCCUCGACAGGUUACCUUUCACGACGGCUAUUCACAAGGCAUGAGCAUGAAAGAUGAAAACGUGAAUAAUGAAACCGGGACAAGCACAUGAACUGAAUGAUAGAAAUUCUGAAUCGAUAAGAUAAACUAGAAUACGCAUUCAUAUAGGGAGUAUUGUAAGAAAAUGAAAAAUGCACCAAUAUUGUUUGAGCACAAUUUUUUGACAGAGAAGGGCUGUCGGGAUGCAAAAGUAU